AUGAACGGUCAUACAGAAUCUGAAUCGCGCUUCGACGUAGUCAUCGUCGGUGCGGGUAUCUCUGGUAUUAACGCCGCUUAUCGCCUUCAAGAUGAGCUCCCAGGCUACAGCUAUACCAUCCUUGAAGCUAGGGACGAUCUAGGUGGCACUUGGGACUUGUUCAAGUACCCUGGAAUCCGAUCGGAUUCUGAUUUAUUCACCUUUGGCUUUUCUUUCAACCCUUGGAGCCAGUCCAACCCCAUCGCGGAAGGCCACUUGAUCAAAGGCUACGUCAGAGACACCGCGAAGAAGUUUGGUAUCGAUAAGAACAUCCAAUAUCAACACCGUCUGUCCGCCGCAAACUGGUCCAGCGAGGACAACUACUGGUCUCUGAACGUCGAUCACAAUGGCACCGCCAAGACCAUCAAUGCACGGUUCAUCCUCUUUGGUUCCGGCUACUAUAACUACAAGGAACCAUUGGAGGCUACCAUUCCCGGACUAGAGAAUUUCCAGGGCCAGGUCAUCCACCCUCAAUUCUGGCCCGAGGAUCUCGAUUACACGGGAAAGAAGGUUGUCAUCAUCGGCAGUGGUGCUACGGCCAUCACUCUCCUCCCCAACUUGGCCAAAAAGGCGGAGCGCGUGACCAUGGUUCAGCGCAGUCCCAGUUACAUCCUCUCUCUCCCAAACCGCAGUCGUAACUGGUUACUUCGCUGGAUCCUGCCGACGAAAGCAUAUCACAGCUUCCAGCGCAUGAUCUGGAUCCUUCAGUCCCGAUUUUUCUUCCUCUUCUGUCAAGGAUUCCCGAAUUUAGCCCGCUGGAUCCUCAAGCUCACAACGAAAAGACAACUUCCCAGCCACAUCCCCUAUAACCCACACUUCCAGCCGCGCUAUAACCCUUGGGAUCAACGACUGUGCGUCUCGCCAGAUGGCGACUUCUACGCCUGCCUCCGCCGCGGAAAGGCCGAUGUCCGCACCGACACCAUCAAGACGGUAACUAAGAACGGCCUCACCGUGAGUUCGGGCGAGACUCUUGACGCGGAUAUUAUCAUCACUGCGACGGGUCUGAAACUCCAAAUUGCAGGGGGCGCCAUCAUCACCGUCGACGGAGAGAAGAUCGAUAUCGGAUCCAAGUACAUGUGGAACGGAGUCAUGCUUCAGGAUGUUCCUAAUGCUUCUUUCAUCAUUGGAUAUACCAAUGCCUCAUGGACUCUCGGUGCGGACGCCACCGCGCAAUUCGUGACUCGCUUGCUCAAGUCUAUGGAGACGAGGAAGCUUCUCGCUGCUACACCCCGUAUGAAGGCGCAGGAGGCCGAGGUGAUCCAGACGCGCCCAUUGCUGAACCUGAAUUCUACUUAUGUCACUGUUGCGAGCCGUGUUCUGCCAUUGGCGGCUGAUCGGGGCCCGUGGCAGCCACGAGAUCAUUAUUUGAAGGAUAUUAAGUUCGCUACUAAGGGUAACCUGGAUGACAGCAUGGAGUACGCGCAAGGGCCGAAUCUGCAUCUCCGUGCUAAGAUGGCUUGA